CAAAACACUUGUUAUGACAAACACGAUAAUGUCUAUCAUGGUAAGUAAGCGCAUUUGUGAUAUAAGCUGAUUGUUUAUCCAAACAGAGCCUUAAGCCUAUUACUGGCGCCAACACCAUUCAAGGAAAGAUCCAAAACAAAAGCACUUUUCUAUUUUCCUACAAACUCUACUGUCUCAAAACUGAGAUUUCAUCUGCCACUAUCUGCAAUCUCUGACUCCAAAAUCACCCUUUCUGUUUUUAUUCCAUUCCAUGAAAUGAAACCUUCUUCCAAUUCCACCGUCACAUACACCACCUACCACAAUGACCAAACUACCCCUCCCAAACCCCGUAAUUCCACCCAUCUCCCUCCCCAAUCCCAAUCCAACGCCGCACUCACCAUCCAAUCAACCUACCGAUCCCACCGCAUCCGCACUCUCUACCGCAAAAUCUCCACCGUCGAUUCCGAAGCCGAUCAAAUCCAACGUCUAAUCCAGCUCCAAGACACCGUAGACUCAAUCCGCACCAACCACUUAGAAAAGCUGAAAAUGAACGAAGCACUCAUGAAACUUCUUCUGAAACUCGAUUCAAUUCCAGGGAUCGAUCCAACGGUUAGGGAAGCAAGGAGAAAGGUGACACGUCGGAUUGUGGGUUUGCAGGAGAUACUUGAUUCUGUUUCGGAAGUGAAAGUUGAUCAAUGGUGGGAGAUGAAUAAUUGGUAUCAAGUUGUUGAAGAAAUGGAAGAAAGUGUUUGUAGAGAAAGAGGUGGUGAUGAAAUGGAACAGUUUUGUGCCCAGAAUUUGGGAUUUCGUUGCUUACAAAGGUUUCUUCAUGAACCCUGAUUUACACUUAUAGAAUAUAAAUAUGUAUACUUACUGUUUCACAAAAGGUCUGCAACCGCGAUCUAGAUCGCCAUGCCGAGGUUUUCUAUGUCUAUACAAGUGUAACACAUCACAUGUAAUUGAGAAUGUAUCAUUCAGGAUUCUAUGCAAUAUCAAGAAUUGUGAUAGGAGUGUGAUUCAAAACUUUGUUUGGUUCAAUUGCGGUCUGCAAUUACCGUUGUGGUCGUUUAAAAGUUUAAACAACAAUAUCGUAGCUGUAAUUAUGGCCGCAUUUUGCUGCAAUAUCAAGUUGAUAUUAUUAUGUAGGCAAAUGCGGCUGUAAUUGCAUGUGACAUUAUUGUUUAGACAUCUGAACGACCACAAUUGUAGUUGUAGACUGCAAAUUAGAACUAUGCUUAGUAUAGUAUAUUAUGUGUUGUAUAAUAUUAAUACUAUCUCUUAACUGUAAGUAGUUAUGUACUUAGUUACCUAUCUUAAAAGCUUUGAUUGUACUUUAGCUUGUUAUUAUGGCAUACAAGGCAAUGAAAUUGAUGUAGCCUAAAUGAAUGAAAUUAAAUAAGUUUAGUGUGUGUUUGGUUUGGCAUUUGAGCCUCCAAACCCAGGUUCA